AUGGAGACUACAUGUUUACUCAUAAUGUUUCUAGACGUAUUUUUCCAUAGUGGUAAUACUAAUAACGAAAAGGACUUUGAAAUUUGCUUCCGAAGCGAAAAUGUAUUUUUACCUAAGACUGGUUAUUUUGGUGUAUCUGCCGCUACCGGUGGUCUUGCAGAUGAUCACGAUGUUAAUAAUUUCUUGACAUACAGUGUUUACCCACCGGGAACAACAUUCAAACCAGCUGGUAMAUCUCAACAGUCUUCCGUAGACGAAGAAAAUAAAUUAACCAAGGAGUAUGCUGAUUAUCAACGGAAAUUAGAUCAAGAAAAAGAAGAUUAUCACAAGCAGCAUCCAGAAACUAAAACGAGAGAAGAUAAUGAAUUUGAAGAUUGGUAUGAAACAGAUAGUCAAAGAGAAUUAAAUCAAAUAUUUUCUGGUCAAGGCCAGAUUGUAGAUUCUGUAAAAGUAUUAAGCGAAAAACUGGAUGAAGUUGUUGGUCGUCAGGAACGAACGCUCAGUUUGUUGUCUAAUGUUCAAUCUACUAUGGCGGUUGUUGGAUCAAUGGGUAGUGCACAAGGACAACCUCAUGUACAAAUGCCACAAGGGAAUGCAGGAAUUGGAAGACAUGAUGUUGAUUUACUAAUUAACAACCAGAAUGGUAUUAUAAACUCUGUGAGAGAAGUCAGGAAUUUAAUGGCAGAAGUACAUGUAAAGACUGAAAACAUAAUUAAAAACCAAGCUCAUCAACCAACAGCUCAAGUUCAACCAUUAGGUUACGACCAGGCAUCAAUUAUACAUGAAAUUAGAGACUCGUUAAAUACCAUUAAGCGAGAUGCAUCACAGAAGGCUGGGUAUUCACAACAAUCAUCUUGUCCUACAUGUGCAACUAAUACUAUUGUGUUAGUUGCUGCAGUGGGCCAAACAUUAUUGUUUAUAAUCUACACUUUGUAUAAGAACAGUAAAGAAUCACAAGCUAAGAAAUUCUAUUGAACCUUUGAAAUAAAAACACUAUCCUAAUACUAUGUUUAUAAUUAGGAGAUUUCAUUAAUUAUUGCAGUUGUGUUAAAAUUUAAUUGAUACCUCUUAUGAAUAAGAUAGUAAAAAUAAAUAGUAAAAAUGUAAUUUUGGUACAGGGAUUGAAUCUGCAUGAUAAAUCUGCCAAAACAUUUUUUUUUUACCAUGUAAUUAAUGACUUAUUAUUUAAUUAAGAUAAUUUUUUAAGGUUGUUUUACUUAUCAUUACAAUAAGAAUGUGUUGUGAUUUAUAAAAAUAAAUUUAAUUGAUUAAUUAUUUGAUUCAAAACUAUGUAGGCCAGAAUUGGAUUCAUAUUGAUU